AUGAUUCAUACUCUUCACGACGCCCUCACCCGCGACGGGUUCCAACUGCCCCCCCUUCCCCCCGCCAACUCCUGGGUCGACUUUUGGAUCAGGUAUUUCCCUAUCCCCACUUUGGCCACCCGACUACGUUCCCUCCAUAAAGUGCUGGACGUGAUCAACUUGUCGCCCCCCCAUGCCGCGUUCAAGACGUUUAUUGGUCCGAUCCCGGAUGCCCGCCUCGGGUACACGACAUUGCGCGAGUAUAGUACCCAGUCAUGCGACUGGAUCUGCAUACUAGUGCAUCCGCAAAAGACUUAG